AUGGAAAACGCAACCACCUUGUUUAAAAGUCACUAUAAAAAAUUUCUUGUCGGCUUGUCCAGCGCAUUGGCGAUUUAUUUGUUUCAGAGGUAUGUGUACAAAAGGGUGUUCGAUAAAAAGGACAAGAAAGCAGAAGAAUUUCCAACGAUAGACGAUAUUCAGAAGUUUAUCGAAGACUUGCCUCUGGAUUCUAUUAAAUUAGAUAAAACGAUUAGUUUAAAGGAUUUAUUGGGAGAGUUGUCGGAAUUUAGCGACGAUGAAGAGUGGAAGGAACUUAUACAGAGUGUUCAAACUUUAUACCAAGAAAACCAAAACUGCUAA